GUUUUUAACUUCAUUGUUUUCCUAAUCAAAUGUAUUUUUUUAGGAGCUGAGUCAUUUUCUAAGAACGGCCGAUUAAAGUUAUGAUUAUUUAAGAGUUGCAUUUUUUUUCUAAAUUGAUAAUUUAUUAUCAGGAGCCAUGGGGGAACAUUCAAUAGUGGCCGCCAAAGCCUCUGUAAUGGUCUAUGAUGAAGGAAACCGUAGGUGGGUGCCAAGUGGAACCUCUCAGGGUUUAUCUAAAAUCCACAUCUAUCAACACCCAGUCAAUAAUACUUUUAGAGUAGUAGGCAGAAAGUUACAGGAUCAUGAACUGGUGAUCAACUGUGCCAUUAUGAAAGGUCUGAAGUACAAUCAAGCAACCCCCACCUUUCAUCAGUGGCGUGACAACAGGCAGGUUUAUGGUUUAAAUUUCAGUAGUAAGGAGGAGGCAGACGACUUUGCAAUGGCCAUGUUCAGUGCAUUGGAAAUGCUAACUGGGUCUUUGAAUGGUACUUCACAACAACAGCAGUUACAGCAACAACAGCUACAACAAAUGCAACAACAGCAAAAACUACAACAACAACUACAGCAGCAACAACAACAACAGCACUUAACACAAGGAGCAUCUUAUCCUCAAAUGCAACUCCACCAGCAACAAAUCUUACAGCAGCAGCAACAACAGUACCAGCAACAACAACAAAUGCAACAAGCUCAGCAAAUGCAAAAACAUUAUCACCAAUCUCUCUCUAAUCAGCAGUCUAUGAACUUUUCCACAAAUCAACAACAACAUCAAAUGAAUGGCUACAAUAUGGGUGACAGCAAAACUCUUCAGAUGUCUUCGCCAAGCCAUGCAAAGUCUGACCUGCGUAGUAGCACAGAUGCCCUCUACAGUCACCCAUACGAAGCUGCCAGCCUACCACGCCCGAACAACGCCAUCAACUGCAGCACCAACAACAGUUCCAACAGUUUUCCUUCAUCUCAACAACAACAGAUGCCUCCUCAAACUCUGCCCAAAAAUUAUGCCACCCUACCUGCUACUGGUCUCUCAACUGCUGCAAUCUUGUCUCAGUCUCCACCUGUUGCGCCACCAAUAGCCUCGUCAGCUGUUGUUCCUCCGGCACCUCCUCCUCCGCCACCCCCUCCAGCUGCCCCGUGUGCCCCUCCGCCACCCCCUUUGCCGUCUGAGGGGGUCCAAAGAACUCCCAAACCUGCCUCAUCACCCGUUGCUGUCAACAGUCUGGCUUCUGCCCUCAAGUCUGCUCAGUUAAGAAGUGUGUCUAAAAAUAAUCAGAACACUCCCCAGUCAACAGAUGACAGCAGCAGUUUGGAGCAGGCAGGUAUGAAUUAUGCAGCGGCCACGGGCACAGUAGGCAGAUCGAGCAUCACAGUCGCCAUGAUCAAGGGCUCUGAGAAUGUCAUGUCUGAGAUGGCCAGGAAACUGAAGGAGAGGAGAGCCAAGGCAGAAGGAACCAAUGACACAACAGAUUUAACAAUAAACACAACGAUUGCCAACAACAACCACAACACGUCAACGACUUCAUCAACCUCAAUCGACUCAGCAACGAGCAACAAACAUCUGAACACGAGUGGCAACAAUGUCGACAACAACACAUCACUAUCUGCCUCAUCAACUGGUCCUCUGAAUGGUGUCCUGAAAUCUGCGGGCAAGUCUAAUGGCUACGAGUCGCCUAGAAUAUGCCGAAACAGCAAAAGGUACCAGUCACUAACUGGUCAGGAGACGUUCAGUUUAGGCGGUGUGACUAACAGCCAUCAAUCGUCGUCAGCCGCGACUGAUUCGAGUUGUGGUGUCGGGGACAUGGAGGUCUUGAGGCAGGAAAUUCUAAGUGAAGUUAGGAAGGAAAUUAAUAAAGCUAAGAUGGAGAUCUUAGAUGCCUUCCAAGCUUAUUUCUCGAAGAAGUGAAUUUAAAGUUUCAGCAACGAACGACAACAACUACUGCUGCUGCUGCUGCCGCUACUGCUACUACUUUCAGCAGCUACAAUGACAAAAACAUCAAAGUUCAAUAAUUCUUAUGGUAAAUUGAAAUAAUGGAGAGGAAUGGUAUUGGAGUGAUUGAUAAUAAUAAUAAUAAUAAUAAACAAAAUUUGCAAUGUUAUUUUAAAUAAAAGUAUUUAAGCUUUUCUGCUUUUGAAUGCAUGCAUAUAUACAUACACAUACAUAUAUACAUACAUACACACACAUACAUACAUAUAUACACACAUACAUGCAUAAGCAUAAGCAAACGCUUUUUAAACUUUAAUUUUAGUGAAUGAGUUGUUUAUUUCCAUGAGGUUUCUUCAGGUAAUUACUGUUUUUUUAACCACUAAAUGUCUGUAUGUAUGUGUGUGUAUGUAUAU